AUUCGUUGAAUUUCACUGGUGCAAUCGUACUGGUUGUUCUCCACCGCCCAGUAAAAAAGUAUGAACUUUUUAGAGAAUAAUUGGUCGACCACAAAAAAAAAAAAAAAAACAAGUAGGACCUGAAGGACUCCCUGCUGAAUUACGGAAACCCCAUUUCAUCAAGCGUAGUGAUAAGCCCCAAGGUUCAGCCAUGGCUAUGCACGUGAGCAGUACUUCAUGUUUUUCCACUUUCAGCAGCAAGAGAGCUCACAGAAUCAGAGCCGUUGCUUCCGAGGACUUUGCCGCUCUGAAAACCACGGAGGAAGAUAAGGUGAAGUUGGGCGGCUCAGAUUUGAAGGUAACGAGGCUUGGGAUUGGUGCUUGGUCAUGGGGUGACACUAGCUACUGGAACAACUUUGAAUGGGAUGAUAGAAAGCUGAAGGCUGCCAAGGCUGCUUUCGAUACCAGCAUUGAUCGCGGUAUAACUUUCUUUGACACUGCUGAAGUUUAUGGCUCAAGGCUUUCAUUUGGUGCCAUAAAUUCUGAAACUCUGCUUGGAAGAUUCAUCAAGGAAAGGAAAGAAAAGGACCCCGGGGCGGAGAUUGCCAUUGCAACCAAAUUUGCAGCUUUGCCAUGGAGGUUCAGUCGUCAGAGUGUGCUCUCUGCCCUUAAGAAUUCCCUCUCUCGCCUCGGACUUUCUUCAGUUGAUCUCUAUCAGCUUCACUGGCCUGGAGUAUGGGGAAAUGAAGGGUAUAUUGAUGGUCUUGGAGAUGCUGUUGAGCAGGGAUUGGUGAAGGCUGUUGGUGUUUCAAACUUCAGCGAGAAGAGACUGCGCGAAUCAUAUGAGAAGCUUAAAAAGAGAGGCAUCCCAUUGGCCUCAAACCAAGUCAAUUACAGCCUCAUAUACAGGGCACCGGAGGAAAAUGGCGUUAAGGCUACAUGUGAUGAACUUGGGAUCACUUUGAUUGCCUAUUCACCUAUUGCUCAAGGUGCCCUUACUGGUAAGUAUACACCGCAAAAUCCACCGGAUGGUCCUCGAGGAAGAAUUUACACACCAGAGUUUCUGACAAAGGUUCAACCUUUAAUAAACAGAAUCCGUGAAAUAGGAGAGAACUACAGCAAAACUCCCACACAGGUAGUCCUCAAUUGGCUUAUAGCCCAAGAAAAUGUGCUCCCAAUCCCAGGAGCCAAAAAUGGAGAACAGGCUGAAGAAUUUGCAGGUGCACUUGGAUGGAGGCUCAGCAAUGAAGAAAUAAGUGAGCUGCGCUCUUUGGCUUCAGAAAUAAAACCUGUUGUUGGCUUCCCUGUUGAAAAAUUAUAAAUAUGUAAGAAAAAAAGUAUGGGAAAAUCAAUUUCUCCACACAUUAGUGGAAAAAAACCUACACAAAAAAUAACUAUUUAUCAUUAAAUACAGAUUAUUUCUUUUACAUUAUUAGAUGUAAAGUAACUAUUAAAAUCUGAAGCUGUAUAACUUAUACUUCCAUUGCAACUUUUUUCUCCCUUUUGAGUGUAGGCAAAUUGUAAACCAAAACUGGCAAGA